AUGUCGGCACCGACAAUGAGAUCGACGUCAAUACUGACGGAGCAUUUAGGGUACCCACCUAUCUCGCUCGUUGAUGAUAUCAUCAAUGCUGUGAAUGAAAUUAUGUAUAAGUGCACAGCUGCCAUGGAAAAGUAUUUGUUAUCCAAGAGUCGGAUUGGUGAAGAGGAUUAUGGGGAAGAGAUCAAAAACGGAGUGGCCAAGUUGGAGUCGCUAUUGGAGAAUUCUGUGGAUAAAAAUUUUGAUAAACUAGAAUUAUAUGUUUUGAGAAACGUUCUCCGAAUUCCUGAAGAGUUUUUAGAUGCCAAUGUUUUCAGACUAGAGAACCAAAAGGAUCUGGUUAUUGUGAAUGAUAACGAGAUAAAAAGGAGCGAGGAGGAACUCAGAGAGAAAGUGAAUGACGUUGAAUUGGCAUUCAAAAAAAAUGAAAUGUUAAUGAAAAGGGUUGCCAAAGUGAAAAAACUACUCGUUAGCAUAAGAGGUUUCAAGCAGAAACUGAGUGACUUGUUGAAGUGCAAGGAUGACGAGCAGUUGCAAAAGAUUUUGGAGUCGUUAAAACCUAUAGACGACACAAUGACAUUACUGAGUAGUUCAUUACGAAAAUUAUACGUGGAUAGUGAAAGCACCAGUUCAACAGAGGAAGUGGAGGCACUAUUACAAAAACUGAAGGCCAAUGGGAAACACAGCAAGGAUUAUAGAACGCGAUAUAUAGACAUAAGGACUAACAAUAUCUUACGGAGGUUGGGGUUACUAGGCGAUGGCGAGACAGAAGGCCAGUCCGCUGAAUCUAGUAUAGGGGUGCAAGGGAAGGAAGCUGUCAAACUAGAUAUCGAAGAACCUCGAUUGGAUUUACUCGAUGAUGUAUUAUAA